CAUGAAAGUGUUCCGCAGGAAGGCUCUGGUGCUCUGCUUGGGCUACGUGCUGCUGCUGCUGCUUACGAUGCUCAACUUGCUGGACUACAAGUGGCACAAGGGGCCGCAGCAGUGUAGUGGCCCCUCGCCCGCCCGGCACAUAACCUAUCCGCAGCAGCUGCCUUAUUACGCCUCUCAGUCCAGGUCAGACACACGGGCUCUCUACGGGCCUCCUGUGCCCUUGGCCCGCAAGCGGCAGCUGGUCUAUGUUUUCACCACUUGGCGUUCAGGGUCCUCCUUCUUUGGGGAGCUCUUCAACCAGAACCCGGAGGUCUUCUUCCUUUAUGAACCUGUGUGGCAUGUGUGGCAGAAGCUGUACCCAGGAGAUGCUGUUUCCCUGCAAGGUGCAGCACGUGACAUGUUGAGUUCCCUUUACCGCUGUGACCUCUCUGUCUUCCAGCUCUACAACACUGUGGGGACAGGGAAAAAUCUCACUACCUUGGGCAUCUUUGGCGCGGCCACCAACAAGGUAAUAUGCUCCUCACCCCUCUGCCCAGCUUACCAGAAACAAACUGUGGGUAUGGUGGAUGACAAGUUGUGUAAGAAGUGCCCACCACGACAGCUCAGUCUUUUGCAGGAGGAAUGCCUCAGGUACCACACUUUAGUCAUCAAAGGUGUACGGGUCUUUGACAUUGCAGUUUUAGCACCACUCAUCCAAGACCCUUUCCUGGGCCUCAAAGUUAUCCACCUGGUUAGGGACCCACGGGCUGUGGCUAGUUCUAGGAUCAGAUCCCGCCAUGGGCUCAUUCGCGAGAGCUUGCAGGUGGUGAGGAGCAGGGACCCUCGCAUCCAUCGAAUGCCAUUUCUGGAUGCAGGCCACAAGCUGAACAAGAAGGAAGGAGGUGGUGGUUCAGACUACCAUGCCUUGGGAGCUAUGGAAGUCAUCUGCGGCAGCAUGACAAAGACUCUGCAAAUGGCUUUGCACCCACCGGAUUGGCUGAAAGGGAAUUAUAUGGCUGUCCGGUAUGAGGACCUGGUGGUGGACCCCAUCAAGACUCUGCGACAGGUCUAUGGGUUUGUCAAUUUAGUGGUGAGCCCAGAGAUGGAAAAGUUUGCUCUCAAUAUGACAAGUGGACCUGGGUACUCUUCCAAACCUUUUGUGGUCUCUGCCAGGAAUGCUAGCCAGGCAGUUAAUGCCUGGAGGACCGCACUGAGCUUUCAUCAGAUCAAGCAAGUGGAAGAAUUUUGCCACCAGCCUAUGUCUAUCCUAGGCUAUGAGAAAGCCAGUAGCCCUGAAGAAGUAAAAGACCUUAGCAAAACCUUGCUCAGGAAGCCAAGAUUGUGAAAAGGAUGUGUGUCUUUCGACACAUAAGGACUUACAGACAGAUCCAUCUACAACCUUCCACUUAACAACGAGAGGAAGAAUGCAAAAUACAGUUUUUUCUUAAAAGAUAUAUUUUACUUCUCUAGAGACCACUGAGAAUUACACUCAUUCACAUUUUUGCGUUGCUCAGCUGAUAUAAUUUAAACACACACACAGUGACUUAAGUAUUUGUAAGACUUAUUUUCCCCCUCCAGAAAUUCAAGGCACAUGAUUCAGUACAUACCAGAAUCUUUAUAUACUUGUUGUGAUAGUAAUCAUGAGAGCUUUGCAUAUCUGUGGUGAGGGUUGGGUGGCCUCGGAGCUAGGGGACUAAUCAGUAAAACAAGAUUCAGAGGACUGAACUUUUGUAUAAAUGUUUAAAUGUAAUGAAAAAUUCAAUAAAAGAUGUUCAUUUUACAGUGACUUGA